UUCCAUUACUCGGGUCCGUUUCUCCCGGUCGUGUUCAGUGCAGCAGCUGCGAGGAUCUGAGGAAACUCACUCACUCUCCCGUGUCUCGGAUACUUUACGGUCCCACGGACGCGCCGCCCGCCCGGUCUCCAAUCACCCGUUCAGUUUGGCCCCGGGAAUCGAGAACAGCCCCAUCUUGAGAUGAUGUUGUGUCUCGGUCUGUUCGUGUCUCUGGUGGUUUUGACGGUGUCCGUUACCGGCAGCAGUGACGGAAACCCGCUGGACAACGAUAAGUGGAUGAGCACCGUGUCCCAGUACGACAAGAGCAAAUACUGGAACAAAUUCCGCGACGACGAUUACUUCAGAACCUGGAACCCAAAUAAAGCACAAGACCAAGAAAGCACACCGAACCUAUGGGCAGAAGUGAACCCUAAAUCACACUCACAGACCAAGAGCAGAACCACUGACGGGCUGGACAGCACUAAAGACCCCUGUGUGAAGGUUCACUGCCCUCCUCACAAAGUGUGCGUGAGCCACGACUUCCAGACGGCCAUCUGCACCAAUCACAAACCAGCACAGCACAGUGUUAAACCCAGGAAAGGAAAUGUUCCCCAUAAGCGUUGGAUGGGAGCGUUGGAUAUGAAUCAUGGGAAAUGUAGGCCAUGUCCUGUAGUUCACUCCAACUCGGUGUGCGGCUCGGAUGGACACACAUACUCCUCAAAGUGUAAACUUGAAUUCCAGGCCUGCAGCUCUGGUAAGAGCAUCUCUGUGAAGUGUGAGGGUCCCUGUCCCUGCCUGCCAGGACAGGAAGUCAUCAAACCACACACAGAGAAGAACGGCUGCAGCGAUGCUGAUUUGAGAAGUUUAGCAUCCAGACUCAAAGACUGGUUUGGGGUUUUGCACACGGACGCCAACAGAGACCUGAAGACCACUACGAGCGACACUGCACAAGGACGUUUCGACACAAGCAUUUUACCCAUCUGUAAAGAUUCCCUCGGGUGGAUGUUCAACAAGCUGGACAUGAACUACGACCUCCUCCUCGACCAAUCAGAGCUCAGCGCCAUUUACCUUGACAAAUACGAGCUGUGCAUGCGGCCGCUGUUCAACUCCUGCGACUCCUUUAAAGACGGAAAGCUGUCCAACAACGAGUGGUGUUACUGUUUCCAGAAACCUGACGGCAUGCCAUGUCAGAAUGAGAUGAACAGGAUUCAUUCUCAAAGCCGAAGGAAGACACUGAUAGGGACAUAUGUACCGCGCUGUACUGAAGACGGUUAUUUUAAGGCCACUCAGUGUCAUGGCAGCACCGGUCAGUGCUGGUGUGUCGACAAAUACGGCAACGAGAUUGCAGGAUCCCGCAGACAGGGAAACCCUACCUGUGAGGAGGAUCAGGAGACGUCUGGAGAUUUCGGAAGCGGCGGUGCAGUGAUUCUACUGGACGAUCAGGAGGAGUCUCCGCAGCGUGGGCGGGGUCGACAGAAAGAGAGGCGGGGUCGGCUCCACCCCCGUGGGGCGAUCGAGGAUGACGAAGACGCAGAGGAUGACGAGAUUGGCUACGUCUGGUAGCUCCGCCCACCCAUCUUCCGUUAAUUAACCAGGGACCCAUGUUAAAAUGCACAGUUCUGAAGCCAUUCCAGCUCCGCCCCUCGGACACGCUCCCUUCCUCCUGCCCCGCUCUCAUUCUGGAUCUGAACUUGUCCUCUUCAUUCUUCCUUUCUUUAGCCACCUCUUCAUGUUCUGUCCUCUGUUUUCCCUCGUUUAAACACUCCUGGUCGCUCUAGUAUUCUAGAUGCCUCUUUGUGGCUCUAGACGGUAGACGUGCAUGACGAGAUUGUUCAGCAUUUCUGGAGCUUCUUACCAGUUCUACAUAAGAUCUUUUAAAAGGGUUCGUUCUCAGUGGUGGUAUGCAUGAACUCCACUGCAGAAUGCAUGAAAUGACGGCUGAGACCUUUGAGGGUGAGGAUCAGGUGGGCUUAAGCCAAACACGCACUACAAGACUGAAGCUCAUCAUGCUUUCAUGUUUUAAAUCUGCCACAAGAGGCUGCAGAUCACAGUGAACUCACAGCACAUGCUCGCCGUUGAUGGUCUCUUUGUGUGAGACACGUUGCAACUAGUCAGAGAUGCUAUAAUAAAUUUAAAACUAGUUAAAAUCUGAGCAAAGAGCAACAACAUAGAGCUAAUGAGAUUGCGAGAGAGGGUAAAAGUAGGGUGAGGCAUUUGAAAAUAUGGAAACUUUUCCCAAAGCACUGGCUCAUGCAAAUUUCUGGUUUCUUUUAAAUGUGCAAAUCCAUGCAAAAAUGACCGCCAACCCUUUCUCUAUGUGGUUUGUCACUUGUGUGAAUUAGUUUGUGUGAGAAUGAGAGAGAGUUUGUGCAGAAUUAUCUUGUAAAUGACGCAUGUAGACUGUGAUAAGUUGAAUAUAAUGUCACAAAAACAACACAAAACACAAGAAACUGUGAGUGUAAAUGUGCACAGGAUGAUGAGCUUCAGUCAUGUUGUGUGUGCUUGACUUUAUGCUGCUUUCACGUCAUUUCACAAUUACUGUAAUUAGAAGUAGAAAAAAACAUUCACAUCUAAUUUCUGUUACAGUUAAUUUUUAAUCUAAUAUUUAUAUUUCAUUUUUAUUCACACAUAUAUAUAUAUAUAUAUAUAAAAUGAGCUUUUGGGGUUUUUUUUCUUACAUUUCUCAUUUACUCAAGAUGCAGAAUGUCAUAAGGUAUUAAGUCUUGUUUUCUAAAAAAUUGAUCAAAAUUAAGUGAGUUCAUUCUUAAUAAUCUGCCAGUGGGGUCAGAAAAAUGUAAAAAAUAUAUAUUUUUCAUUUGAAUAAAUUUCAAGUUUAUUUUUCUGACCCUAUUGGCAGAUAUUUUUUCUUGUUUUUAGCAUAAACUUGAAUCCAAAAUCAAGCAUAUGUUUUCAUUUAUCAGAAAACAAAACUUAAUAUCUCAUGUCAUGUUGCAUUUGAAGUAAAUGUAUCUUGAUUUAAGAAUGUUUAGAUAUUUGAAAACAAGACAAAAAUACUGAAGAAGAACAGCACUUUUUUUGUGUGUGUUGACCAUUGUGGCAUUCUGUAAAAACAACCAAAACAGCAGCAGCUUCAACAAUUAACUAGUUAUUCGACUGCCUGUUUGAUAUGAUUUGGUAUUUCAUUCAAUUACAACCAUUGUCGUCUGGAGUGUUUUCUUUGUUUUUCAAUAUUUUGCAAAAGAAUAUGAACAUGAAUUAGUGUAUUUACCAUUAUUGAUGCCUCAGUAACAAAUAACAUCUGCGUCCAAGAGAAUCUGGUAAUUGCAGUAAUUCUGACACAAUGUGAAUGCAGCAGUGAGCGUGUCAGCCGUGAACCUGAUAUUAUCAUUUGUUAGUUGUUUUCAGCUGAUGAUUUAGUUUCAAAGUCCUUCAUUCUGUUUUGUUCUGGGUUUUUUUAAGGACUGUGAGUGUUUAAGUGGAUCGUGACCUUUGCGUCGGCUCUCUGUGCGAUACGUUCACUGAAGCUUGAGAGUUUUGGCUUGACAGAAUUCAGAAGUGAUCAAACGGCUCGUCAGGCUGACCUUUUCAAACCAUUACUGAACGCUUCCUCUCGCCGAAAAACAGAAGGCGAAUGAAAAAGCUCUCGGCGUGACGGCUGUUGCGCGCUGUGCCGUUCUGCUGCGAGAUGGAUUUGGUGUCGUUACCACAUCCGUGAAUUUUGAAAGACUCUGGGCCCUGGAGUCACAUCCGCCUUGAAUCAUUCAUCUCGUUCUGCAUUCGUCAUUUGAUCAAAUCUGAAAUAGUUUGAUCCGACCCAAUCUGUCAAGUUUAAACAGUUUUAUAAGCACACGUGAGAAUCAUGGUUAGAUUUCUGCUUUUGAUUUGCAUAUAGGUCUGAAUUUCCCAAUUUUUAGCUAUCUCACCACUUGCUCAGCACCGCUGUCAAUCCCACAAUCCCCCGCUCAGCUCCUAUAGACAACUGGAGACGGCCCCUCUUAGACCUUAUCGGAUGAUCCACGAGGCUCAAACACAAACACUGCAGAAGAGUUUAGUGCUGAUAUCAGAUCACAGCAGCUUAGUUCUGUUCCUCUGACUCGUUUCUCAUCUUUCCGACACGUCUUUUCUCACUCGUGUCAGCGGUGUUUCGGGGCGUUCUGGAGGUUCUCCACAGAAGGAAAUGUCUCGCUCAGUGAUCAUAGACGCCGCUGCAGAUGGAUUAUAUGAGGCGUUUUGCGCCCAGAGGGGAAGUUUCUGGGUGCCCCUGAGGGAUUAUGGGUAACAGAGGAACGAACUGAUGGGCUUUUGGCUUCCUAAUACCUUUUUUCUUUAUUCUUUUUUUCCUGUUUUCCUCUCUGUAUCAUUUCAUUCCCUACGGAAAUAAUCAUUUAUCUUAGAGUAAAAGACACAUUUACUAGAUCAACAUGAUUUCAGAGGAAUACAUAAUCAGACAAAAAAGCAUUUACUCACCCUUAUGUUGUUCCAAACCUGAAUGAUUUGUGUUUUGCCUUCUGUAAAACAUUUAAAAGAAUGUUUAAGCAGGUUUAUUUUCCAUUACAGUGAAAGCAGACAGAACAAAAUGAACAAAAAAAUCACCACAAAAGCAUCUUAAAAAUAAAGGUUCUUUAUUGGCAUCGAUGGUUCCAUGAAGAACCUUUAACAUCCAUGAAACCUUUCCGUUUCACAAUAGACUUUCUAGUGGAAAAAGGUUCUAGAGAAUGUUCUUUACAUUAACACAUUGUCUACACCAGACACGAGCGGCACGACACGACAAAAGCAAAUAAAACCCAUUAUAAUCACUGAUGCUGUCUACACUGGAUGCGGCGCGAAGCAACACGACAGAUUCCUGACACAUUCUAUUUCUGACGUACUUCAAGUGCUCGCACUACUUCUGACAUGAAGAACAAUUAAUUUGCCACGGUCGCUUUGUCGCAUCCUGUGUAGACAGCCUCAAGCUGUUGCGGUGCGGUGUUAGACACGGUGUAAGAAAAUGGUUCCUCUAAGAACUGAGAGUUUUUGUGCCAUUGCAUUUCAAUAGCAUUGCUGUGAAAACCCUCUUUUGCAACCUUAGCUUUGAAGAGUGUAACAGCAGUUCAUUGUGACUCAUGCACUAGAUCCUUAUAAGACACUUUCGGCCCUAUUUUAAUGAUCUAAGAGCAUGGUCUGAAGCACAUGGCGCAGGUGAACUUAGGGCGUGUCCGAAUUCACUUUUGCUAGAUUAAUGAUGGAAAAAAUGGUCGGCGCCAGGUGCAUGGUCCAGAAGGGUUGUACCAAGUCUCUUAAUGAGUCAUAUGUGUGUUUUGGGCGUAAUGUGCAAUAAACCAAUCACAGUCUCCUCUUCCAUCCCUGUGUGUGUAACAAGCAGAGUGUACGCACGUUGUGCACCUGCAUAUUAUUACUAACGCACCCUUUAAAUAACAAAAAGUAAUGCUGCGCCAUUGACUUGGUCAGUGGCGCAGUCGUUUUCAGUUGCCUCAAAAUAGCAACACGCCAACAAUGCGCCUGAACACACCUCGUUUUCAGAUUAGCACGCCCAGGGUCAAACUGAUGGGCUCGAGUGCAUUUGCUAUUUAAACAUCAUGGCUCUGGACAUGAAAAUGUUAACUGUGUCGGGCUGAAACUAGCAAAAAACACUUGUGUCGCGCCUGCUGUCGCAUUGCGCCGGGUGUAUGAUAGGGCCCUUUAUGUAAGGAACAGACCCACAUUUAAGAAAUGCAGCUCUCAAAUCUCAUUGCAUUUUAUUAAAUAUAUUAAAACAUUAAAUAUGACACCAAACACCACAGGUUGUCAUGUGAUUUGAGAGAUUUGAGAGCUGUGAGAAGACAGAAAGUCAUGCAUGUGUGGAACAACACGACGGUUUUUCCUUUGAAUAACCUGAAAUCUGGCUGCACGAUUUGGGGGGAAAAAAACGAAUUGCAGUAUUUUUCUAAUAAAAACUGUGAUUUAAAAUGUGACUUAAAAAAAAAGCUCCAGGUUUGCUUUGCUUGUUUGUAGGCCUGCACAAUUUUGUCAAAAUUUUGUCAUUUUAUAUCAAUAUGUCUAUUAAAUAUUAUUAAUAAUACUAAUUUUUAUUAUUAUAUUAAAAGCUUAAAGCCCUUAAAACUUCUCUUUUGUUGACCACAGUCAGUUUAUAAGCGCUUCUCUUUACAAGUUUGGGUUGCGUUUUAAAAUAAAUGCAUGUUAUAAGUCAGCCAAAGUCAUAUAUUUAUUUAAUUAAAUCACAGCCUUUGUGAUUUAAUAAGCCAUAUUGCAAUUUUGGUUUUAUUUCGAUCAAUCGUGCAGCCCUAUCCUGAAAUAUGAGCAUCAGGCUACCAGAAGUCCAUCUUUCUUUCUUCCAUUCUAAAUCUGUCUCUCUCUUUCUGUCUGUCUGUCAAUCACAUUCUCAUGAUGAGCUGAGAGCGUCACACACACACACACACACACACACACACACACACACACACACACAACGUAUCUGAUUUCUGCAGAACUGCAUCAUGGACUUCUGAUGAUAACAAUGACCUUUGACCUUUGAGGUGACCUCUCCCCUCCUCUAGUGCUGCUGUGUGUCUGAUGCCUGGCCUGCAACUGUAAACUUCCCCCAGCCCGCCCCACCCACUUCCUGUCCCGUCUCUGCCUGCUUCGCUCCUGUACAAAGGUGCAAUAAAAGCUUUGUCACAAUGUUUUCACUUUUUUUGCCGCACACACACAGACACACACACAAACACACACACACACACACAGGUGACCCGAGCGCUCACAGCUGCAGCUACAGAUGAUACAGUCGAUGGCCAUAUUUGCAAGAGUUUCCUUUGUUAAUUCUCUAUAUUUUUUACUCUGUAAAGACAAUAAUUAAUGUGUAAAAAACAAGAAAAACGCUGAAUGUUCAACUGGAGAUGUAAUUAAUGACGUCAUGUGGCUUCGUCCAUUUGCCUUGCCUGAGUCUGGAUGUGUAAAAUCCCUCCUGUGGUCCUGAGUUCAGUGUACAGACCCUCCUCUCGCUAUCUGUCUGUCUCUCUAUCCGUCUGUCUCUCUUUCCACCGAAACAGUGCCGGUGUUCGUAUCAAACUCAGUGUCCAAUAUGAGUAUUUUAACAGUCAAAAUCGAUAAAUAAGUGGCUAAUGAAAUUUUAUGACAGUCACACAAAACUACUGAAAUGAAAUGAAUACCUACACUAUUAAAAAUAAAGGUUCUUUAUUGGAAUUGAUGGUUCCAUAAAAACAUCCAUGGAAUCUUUUCAUUCCACAAAAAGGUUCUUUAAAAGAUUCUUUAGAUUUUUAGAAUGUUCUUCACUCUAAAAAAAAAAAAAAAGGUUUAUUUAAGAACUGUUCACUGAAAGGUUUUUCUUCUAGUACAUCACUGCAAAAACCCUGUUUUGGAAACUUUAUUUUUAAGAGAGUAUUUUACACAUUGUGUUCUCAAAAAUCACUGAUCCACUUCAAAACAGUAGAGUUUUUGAAGAGUUUACCGCCUAAGUGGACCUUGUUAUUGGUCCGUGAUCUCAAAUGCCCAAAUAUCAGCUGAUUACUCAUUAGUUAAUCUGGAUCAGAACUAAAAAAUGACCCCUCAAACCUGCUGGUUUUGAUUCAGUAACAUCAGAUGUUUUGCAGAUUCUCCCGCUGAACACCGGCACCGUUUCAGUGGUUUCUCUCUGUUUUCGUGUUUUCCCGUCAUUUUCCCCUCCUGAUCGAGAGUCCCAGUGGAAUGUUCUUUUUCUGGGCUGAUUUGUUUGCUCUGUUUGGUUUGUUUUGUUUGACUUUCUCUCUCUCUCUCUCUCUCUCUCUCUCUCUCUCUCUCUCUCUCUUUUUUAUUUUUAGUUUUAACUGUAAAAUGGUUCCUUGAGAAAAUGUUUGUCUGAAUAAAACUGGAGUUUGUCCUCGUCCA